AUGGAUCCGGGAUCGCCUUCGUUGUUAUGGCCGCUGCGCUUGAGCAAGCCUACGGUGACGGUCCCCGUUACAUCAAAUGGGGAGAAUAGCAAAGCUGAAGAGAGACCUCAGUCGCCAUCACUUGUCGACCGGCUUUCUGCGACGCCUUCACCCACAAGCCCGGCGCCAAGUAGUCCUACCCCACUGCAGCACCAGUUCCAAGCGGCUCUUGUAGCAGAAAAAUACCUAUUAUUGGAACAAGUUGAGGGUUCCUCGCUUUGUAGAUGUGUGGACGUGCGCACGCAAGAAGAAUAUGUUUGCAAAGUGGUGUCCCGCGACUGCAGCAGUUUACUCCAAGCACACUACCGCCUGGACGGACACCCGCACGUCAACCCCAUCCACGAAGUUCUAGUCGGCGACAAAAGGGUGUACCUUAUCUUCCCCCGGUCGCACUCCGAUCUCCACUCGUACGUGAGGGCGCGGAAGAGGCUAAGAGAACACGAAGCCCGGAGGCUGUUCAGGCAAAUGGCCGAGACCGUAGCCGCUUGCCACGAACAGGGAAUCGUUUUAAGGGACCUCAAGCUCCGGAAGUUCGUGUUCGCUGAUUCUCAAAGGACGACGCUAAAACUAGAGUCGUUAGAAGACGCGGUUGUUCUCGACGACCCAGAAGAGGAUCUCCUUCAAGAUAAGCGAGGCUGCCCGGCCUACGUGUCACCCGAGAUCUUAAGAGCUCAUCGGACGUACUCUGGGAGAGCGGCUGAUAUGUGGUCGCUUGGCGUCAUAUUAUACACCAUGCUAGUUGGGAGGUAUCCGUUCAACGAUUCGGAGCACGCAUCAUUAUUUGCGAAAAUCUCACGGGGGUACUUCGUCGUACCAGAGUGCUUGUCGUCGCGAGGGAAGUGCCUCAUACGCUCGCUGUUGAGACGGGAGGCAUGCGAGCGACUCAGCGCUAGGGAUGUCCUACGCCAUCCCUGGCUGGCGAGGGAUCCUAGGAACGAGCUUCCACCGCGUGCCGCCGCUUCCUUAGACCGUUUAGUGCCUGACGUCGAUAUAGAAGAUUGCAUCUAA